GACAUGUCUAAAUGCUCUUGAACGAUUGGAUUGUGCUUCGCACACCGUAAAAACAGUGUUGGAUUCCACAUAUUUCUCGAGAUGGAGGAAUUUUGACCCUUUCCUCGACACUUUAGCGAGAUAAUACCGAGACUAAAAGUUUGUCUUCAUGAUGGCAAAGUGGGAUUCAAGAAAUCUUGAAAUACGCAGUAAAUCUGUGGAACAGACUCUUAUUCCUCUAGUAACUCAGAUAACUACCCUAGUCAACCACAAAGACCGUUGCARACGUUCCGAGAAGGGACGGCAAGCCAUCCGAGAAGUCGGAGAAGCUGUCAAAAAUGCUGUAUGUAAGUUUGUCACUGUCGGUGAACAAAUUGCCAAGGAAAACGAAGAUGUUGCUGUGGAAAUGCAAGAAGCUUGCGAAGAGGCGAGAAAGGCCGGCGAGGUUAUUUCACGUUUGACCUCAACUACUGCCAUGGCGGCCGUAUCYGAGGACGAUGGCAUCCCAUUCGAAAAGACUGGCAUGGUCCGUGCAGCUCGGUCCUUGCUGUCUGCAGUGACAAGAGUACUUAUCAUCGCUGACUCAGUUGUCAUCAAACGACUUCUCCGCGUUGUGAAAAAGGUUGAUGAAAGACUUGAAAAACUUGAAACUGUGAAUUCAUUUACGGAAUUUGUUCAAACAUUUAGUCAGUUUGGUGCUGAAAUGGUAGAGCUUGCUCAUAUCUCUGGAGAUAGACAAAAUGAUUUAAAGGAUGAUUUGCUUAGGGCAGAGAUGUGCUGUGCGAGAUCAAUCUUAGAAAAGUCCACAAUGAUGCUAUUAACAACUUCUAAGACAUGUUUACGGCAUCCUGGCUCUAUGGUUGCCAAAGCUAACAGAGAUGGAGUAUUUACYAGAAUGAAAGAAGCCAUAGCAACAAUAAAAGAUGUAACAGAAGAUAGAUGUAAAUCAAAACAAAAUAAGGAACCAUGUUUAGCAAUGGAUAUUAAACAAUUUGAGACAUCAUUAGAAAAUUUCAGGAAAAGUACACCAGAUGAAACCGAGGCAAAAGUUAAUUUUCAGAAAGGACUGGAAAACAUUCUCUUAGACGUCCARCCAUUUAUUAAUUCGUCACAUACUCGGAAAGAGAAAAGAGAAAAUAUUGUUGCCUUGUGUGAAAAUGCACAAGAUAUAAUGAAAGAUAUCAUUGAAAGACACACUGAGCAUGAGGUGCCAGCAGAAAGAAGCAGCAGCGCUGAUUCACUUGACCUUGCUCUACAAAGAAUAUUUAAAAUUUCAAGAGACUUGAAGCAYGAGGUUCAUCAGGUAGCAAUGGACCAAGUGUUUGAGACAUUUUCCCAUCAAGGACACAAGAAAUCUCUACCAGCACUGAGRCAUGCUGCUGCUACAGGGGACCAGAAUAAUCUAGAACAAGCCGCCAGUGCUUUCCUUCAAGAUGGUAAAAGACUAGAAGAGGUCUCUCAGGUUACUAGAAACAUGUCAACCAGUGAAGCAGUCUCAAUCACAGCAAGAAAAAUUGAAGAAAAUAUAAAAACAUUAUGUCCACAGGUUGUUGCUGCUGCUAGAACUCUUUCUUCUCAUCCUGUCAGUAAAAUAGCUCAGGAAAACAUGGAUGUGUUUAUUGAUAUCUGGGAAGGUCAAGUAGAGGAACUUGGAAAGGUCUUGAGGGGAAUAACAUCAGGAGGAGAGAUGAGCAAAAGUCCCGCUGUGACAGAUAACCAAACGUAUGACGAGAAACRCGACGAGGAAAAGAAUCCCGUGGAGGAUCAUCUACAUGAAAAACCAUCAAGAAUUGAUAAAAUGCUGAACAAGAAAUGGGAUUCGAAAAUAUCCUACCCUAUACCUUUAUAUGGUUCGCAUAUGCCAACUACAUUUGUAACGCGAAAGAAUGACGCAAAGAUCAGUCGCCUAAUAUCUAAUGUCAAUCUAAUGACGUCACAGCUAGAGGUGAACGAACGCCCAGAGAAGGAUAAUGAAAUCAUUCAACGAGCARUCGAUAUGUCUCACAUGGUGUGUGAUUUGUAUCUGUUUACAAGAGGUGAAGGAACACUUCUUUGUACAACGGACUUUUUCGAGGCUGCCAAGAAAUUAGCAGAGACUGGACAAGCAUUAUGGAAAGUUGCUAAACAGCAUGCUAUCAAGGUUGAUGACAGCGAACCGAAACAAGAACUAAUGCGUUACACWGACAAACUUCUAGCUUACUGUCAACAAUUGAUUUUUACCAGUUCAUCUCUCUCUGUUGGCCAGACGGCAUUAUACAGAAAGGUCCAGGYAGUGAUGAAUCUAACCAAGAUAAUAAUCAAAAUCGUUGGGAGAGUAGUUAACCGAUGUUAUCUUGUUACAGAAGAGAGCWCGCCAUUACGACUUCCCCCUGAUCAACGAUUAUGGAGGAUUGACGAGAAUAUAUUCUCCGAAGCCUCUUCGCUAAACACGUCCAGAAAAUCAUCAACACAAAACCUGAAUGACAACAUUCUUGAUUGGUUAUCAGACGAGGAAAGUGAAGAAAAAACAGAAUUGUGACGGUGACAACAAGACAAUUGAUGAGAGGUUCAGAUUUAAUAUAUUCUGUAUAAGAGUGGCUAAUGUCCCGGGUUGUUUUUAGUCAAUUAUAAGCGUUAUUUCAGUUUUACCUGUUAUGUACCCUGUUUCACGGACUGUUGCAAGCACUUUACAGGUGUACAGUUCCCCAUUUCUUCGUUUGUAGUCCUCUGUUGAUUCUGUCUGUUUGCUUUCGACUGAACAAUUGCACUUGCCGGACCAACAGUGUCAGAUAAUAUUCAAUCCCCUAGAUUUUACAUUUCGUCGAUUUGCUGGAAAUCCGAGACCUCAAGUGUGGAAAGACAAAGUCAAAUUAUAUUUUUCAUGAAAGGUUGAAUAAUAUAAUCAUGAAUCAAAUUUACAAUAAGAAAUGGCUUUUUGCCAUUAUAAAUUUUAUACUUAAUAUAUAAUAUUUUCAGAGUUUUAAUAUAUUUCUUGGGAGAAUUGUUGUGAAUGGAAUAAAAUGAAUUUCUUAUGCAAAUCGUUCGUACAUAAUCUAAAGUACUGUGAGCAUUUAUAAUAUAGACUAAUACUGUAAUAAAAUAAUAUAAGAACG